AUGAACCAUAUUGCAUCGUUUUUGUUGAGAAUGCGUCGCAAGUUUUUUGCUCGAUCUUCGCCACCCACAUCCAUCUCUACAAAUCUGGAGAGUUCACCGAUCGAUUCAUUGCCUUAUACACUUCCAUUUGGGAUAUUUAAAUUAGUUCUUGUAACGACGUCAUCAGUUGGACUCGGCGCAUAUUUAGCCAAAGAAGCAGCUCAGUUCCUCAGAGACAGUGAAAUAUUUGUUCCUAAAGCUGAAGAUGACGAUGACUAA